AUGAUAUGCGAUACGCGUACGUGCAGCGAGUGCCAGUAUCUGGAGCAGGACGAACCGGACGAUCGGACGGCGAGCUUCGUGGAGUUCCUGGCGAACUGUCAACAUGCAAAAUGCAAGGUGGUCCGUCUGGUUCGUCAGCAAAUAAGUAAACUGCAGAAUGUGCAGCACGAGCAUUUUCUGACCGUAAGCAACGCGCGCGACGGUGCGCGCGAGUGGAUGCACGAAACGCCCAGUAAAAUAAAGUACGAUUUGCCCGACAACAAUGAAGUUCACGAGGUCUACGGCGAGGUAUACGAGAUGGAAGGCAGAGUAGUACAGCGGGCGAGCAACAACGAGUUAUACGGCAAGCCGUACGAGACGCAGCAAGUAGCAGCGAGGCGAAUCGACGAAGUGACGAACGCGAACGCAGCGACCGCAUCCUUGCACCGCGCGGCGUCUCCUGAGAGAGCGGUGGACCGCAAGUGGAUGCUGCGGAUCCUGGAUCGCGUUCGUCAUCGAGCGCAUCUGAUACUGGCGGCCGCUGCGGUCGGCGUGAUAGUCUGGACCGCUCUGGUGUACGGUGUCUUCCUGGGCGCGACGGCCUGUGGAAGCGGUCGCACCUGCUUCCGGUCGUCUCUUAGACACACGCACGCUAAACGCACGCUGUUUUAGCACAUCCGUCGACCGUAAAUUCCCCGUAAAUGGUGGUUAAAGUUAACCGAGAUUCAACUCAUUUCACUUUCGCCCGCGAGAAUGGGAAAUAGUUGACUGCCGGUUAGCUUUAAUUAAGAUUUGUAAGAUUUGUAGAUGCAUCUUUUUUUCUUUCUUCUGCGAAAUAUCGUGAAUGUCUGUCUAAUUUGUAUAAGAUAUCUGUCCGUCAAAAUCUAAAUGAAGAUUAAAAAAAGGUGCUUCUUUUAUAAGA